AGGGGAGCUAAUUCUGUGUUGCACAAGGGUUCGGUGUGUUUCCGUUUGGUAUGUUUUGUAAGGUUUUGCUGUCCGGCGCUGAAUGACAGUGAAUGACAAACGUCAUCGUGUAAGGUACCAGCACGUUGAAGGUUGUUUUAAAUAAGCCAAGUAAAGCGACGUAAAGUAAACCGCAUUCGUAACGGACUCAGCCGUUCUGUUAGCAUGUUAGCUGUUGGCCUGCCGGUGACUCCUGAUACUGCUGGUCACAAACGGCUACGUGAUGAUCGUUAGCUCGCUUUGUCGGAUUUAUUAACUUGUUCAGUCAGCACCAGUAAAGCCAAACUUAAACUUUAACAUUGCUCUGAUAUCAGGUGAGUUUCAGCUUCAGGUGUGGACUGACAGCCGUACCAGCCAUGCUGCUCAACCUCCUGGUACGUCAGUCCCUCAGCUUCCGUCAGACGUUCUUAACGCGGUGUGUCCAGACUCCAAGGUCUCUGCACUCACAGGCCGAGAACUUCCUGCAACGCAGGCUUCCCCUGCGCUCCCCCACUCAGAGCCGAGGCGCCAAGAGCCGAAACAGGAAGUCCCAGGAGGAGGACUGGAAAACCAGGAACAAGACUGCGCUGACAUACAUCGUUGCGGCUGGGGUGGGGAUGAUCGGCUUGUCGUACGCCUCGGUGCCGCUCUACAGGCUCUACUGUCAGGCGUCGGGUCUCGGUGGCACGGCCGUGGCCGGACACAGCACAGACCAGGUGGAGACGAUGCAGCCAGUGAAGGAACGUGUCAUCAAGAUCACCUUCAACGCAGAUCUACACGCCAGCAUGCGGUGGAACUUCAAACCACAGCAGACGGAGAUCUUUGUGGUUCCAGGUGAGACGGCGUUGGCUUUCUACAGAGCAAAGAACCCCACAGAUAAACCAAUCAUUGGCAUCUCCACCUACAACGUGGUUCCCUUUGAGGCGGGACAGUACUUCAACAAGAUCCAGUGUUUCUGCUUCGAGGAGCAGCGUCUGAACCCUCACGAGGAGGUGGACAUGCCCGUCUUCUUCUACAUCGACCCGGAGUUUGACGAGGACCCCAGGAUGGCCCGAGUGGACACCAUCACUCUGUCCUACACCUUCUUCGAGGCCAAGGAGGGUCAGAAACUACCUCUGCCUGGAUUCCGCUACAACUGAUCCUUCCGCAGCUGCUGCACUGAGACGCUCGCCAAAAUACCUGAUUCUGGUUUAUACCUCAGCCCAACGAGAAAAAAUACUCCAAGACAGAAGUCAAAGACCCGAUCGAUCGGAGGUGGCGGUUCAGGCACAGCCCGGUCAGCUGCUGCCUCCUGGGUCUCACCAGCUGACCCUUCAAACUCCACCGGCUGAGGUUCUGAAUAAAGGUGGUUUUUCUUGGCGUCCUCAACGUUGCGAGGACGUCAGGGUUUUUAGGCCUGAAAUGAGUGAAUGAAAGAGUGCGUCAG